AUGGAGAGUAAAGAACCGGUUGAAACGGAAGUGAGAGAAGAGGGCGAGAAAAAACGAUUCUUUAGCGAUGAGCUAGAGUCUUCACAGGAAAGCCUGCCGAAGUUCAAUCAAAUGCUAGAUAGCAACUCUUCUUUUCUCUUUUCGAAUGGGAGAAAUGAUAGUGAGAUCGAAGUACCGAAAAAUGUCGAGUCCAUUGAUGUUUCCUCUGAAGCAGAGCCAGAGGAGUGCGCAAAACAUAUUAGCGUUGAGGACCUGCGAGGUAUUAUACCCGACAUUCCACUAAAUGUAGCGAAAAAACUAUGUGAAAAGUAUUCUGGUCAGGAAGAUGGGAUUUCUUUAGCAGUUAGCCAAUACUUUGAGGAUCCGCCAGUCGAAAGCAAGUCAACAAACCCGAUUAAGCCGCCUGAACCUACUCAGCGGUCCCUCUCGCCUAAAAUGAAGAAGAAAGACUAUGGCUAUCGAUCGCCGAAGAGACUGAAACCUUCAAUCAAGUGGAGGCGAUUUAUUGGUUCGUUGCAAGUAAAUGCCAUGGCGACAAGGCCCACUAUAAGACCAUUAAAGUACGGCACCGAGUUAAAGAUAGCUUCCGUUGGUGGCAAUAUUAAGGCCUCAAAACUUUAUAACUCCUCUGGGUCGAAAAAAGCAGCAUUUGCUAGUUUUGUGAAGGUUUUUGACGUUCAACAGAACCGCGAAAUCGGUAGAGUGCCAGAGGAUAUUGCACAAAUCCUGUACCCAAUAUUGACUUUAGAUGAUUUCAUGUUCGAGGCUACAAUGAUUUUUUGCGAUGAUAAACGACUAAGCAUAGGUGAUAAUUUUAUCGUGCAGCUCGAUUGCUUUAUUACAUCGGCGAUCUUUCACGAAUCAACUUCUUCGUAUCGAAAUAACUCUUUUGCUAAAAACUCUCGUGCCAGGACCUGGGAAGGAAGCCAGACCAUUGUUGAAACGGAGGAAGAAAUUGAAAGCCGAUCAAGGCGAAUGAGUUUGUUAGCACUGUUUGAUAAAUUGCGCGUCAGGCCAGUUACAAAUGACAAUAAAAGUCAACAAGACGCGGAAGUGAUAGACUUAGAAGACGACGGAAACCCAUCUGAACUUAAAAAGCUAGACAAUGAACAUGGAUCAUUGGACGACCAACAUCCUCAAGAAGAUACAAUGAAUUUGAAUCAGCUUCAACUUUUCUAUAAAGCCACUCAGUCUGUUGAAUCUUUGGAGAAAUUACCAGAAAUGGAGCCGCCGAAGGAUACUUUUAAACUGACGUUAAGACGAUACCAGAAGCAAGGACUUGCCUGGAUGCUUAAGAGAGAACAUGAGUUCGACAAAAUACCUUUGUCUGAAUCUGAUCAGGAAAUUGAUGAAAACAUGAUGAACCCGCUUUGGAAUCAGUUCGAGUGGCCUAAAGAUAUGUCAUGGGCCGCUCAAAAAAUAAAAGAAGGCAAAAACGAUGAGCUAGGACAUAAUGACCGAUUCUUCUACGCCAAUUUGCACACGGCUGAAUUCUCUACAGAAAAACCGGUUCUAAAGACUACCAUGAAAGGUGGUAUAUUAUCAGAUGAAAUGGGUUUGGGUAAGACAAUAUCGACCCUCUCACUAAUUCUUUCAGCUCCAAAUGACUCCGAAUAUCUGCUUAAUGAGAAAGGUAACGAGGGGGAAACUGAGUAUUCAACAAAGAAACCUUAUGCGGCAAAAACAACCCUAAUCGUCGUUCCGAUGUCACUGCUGGCACAGUGGAGCUCUGAAUUCGAUAAGGCUAACUCCUCUUCGCAAUUGCACAGCGAAGUCUAUUACGGGGGUAACGUAAGCAGCUUAAAGACUCUGUUAACACGUACAAAGAACCCUCCCACAGUCGUUUUGACCACAUACGGUAUUGUCCAAAAUGAAUGGAGUAAGAUGAGCAGAGGUAAGAGUUCAAGUCAAAGCGAUGGGAUGUCUGGUCUAUUCUCUAUUGAGUUUCACCGUAUCGUGAUCGAUGAAGGCCACACUAUCAGAAAUAGAAUGACUGCCACAUCCAAAGCUGUGAUGCAGCUGGCUAGCAGAUGUCGAUGGGUAUUAACCGGUACACCAAUUAUUAACCGGCUAGACGAUUUAUACAGUUUGGUGAAAUUUUUACGAUUAGAACCUUGGUCUCAGAUUGGUUAUUGGAAGAUGUUCAUUUCAGAUCCUUUUGAAAAGAAGAACUUCAAACAGGCUUUUGAUGUUGUCAACGCCAUCCUUGGUCCUGUUUCUCUCAGAAGAACUAAGCAAAUGAAAGAUGCAAGCGGUAAAAAGCUUGUUGAAUUACCACCUAAAGAAGUAGUGGUUGAAAAACUACAUUUUAGUAAGGGGCAAGAAAAAGUGUACAAGUACUUUCUAGACAGGGCAGAGAGCUCGGUGAAAAGUGGCCUGGCCCAUGGUGAUUUACUGAAGAAAUACUCUACUAUUUUAGUUCACAUUUUACGCCUUAGACAGAUCUGCUGCGAUGCCGCUUUGCUAGGAACUCAGGAUGAAAAUGACGAGGACCUGAGAAACAGCAACCAACAGUUCAACGAGUCGAUUGAUGUGGCCAAUAUCCUAGGCGAGUCCAAGACCAAUGCUACGAAGGCAGAAACGGAUAUGAAAGCCAUCCUAGCAAAUGUACAAAGAAAAUACCCUUCAGAGGAGAGUUUCAAGAAUUUAGAAUGUUCCAUAUGUACCACGGAACCCAUAAAUUUACAAUCUAUCAUGUUUAUCGGUUGUGGACAUUGCUUCUGUGGGCCUUGUCUUGAAGAAUUUAUGGAUUUCCAGAAACAAAAGAAGUUGGAAUUGAGGUGUCCAAACUGCCGUGAAUUGUUUGACUCACAAUGCCUAUUGAGUUUGAGACUGCAAGAGGAAGGCGAUCCCACUCUAGUUCCUUAUAAUCAAAGCUCCAAACCUGCUAAGAUUCAUUCAUUGGUGAAACAUUUGAGGCAGCUACAGGAUAAAUCUGCAGGAGAGCAAAUUGUGGUAUUCUCCCAGUUCUCGUCAUAUUUGGACGUCCUCGAGCGUGAGCUUUCCGAUGUAUUUUCAAAAGAUGUGUCUCAAAUUUAUAAGUUUGAUGGUCGCCUUAAUUUGAAAGAGCGUUCUGGGAUACUUCGGGAUUUCUCAAUUAAGGAUCUCAGCAAACAAAAAAUCCUACUGUUGUCACUCAAGGCGGGUGGAGUAGGUUUAAAUUUGACCUGUGCUUCUUAUGCUUUCAUGAUGGACCCGUGGUGGUCGCCAAGUAUGGAGGAUCAGGCGAUCGAUAGAAUCCAUAGGAUCGGUCAAACAAACAAUGUUAAAGUUAUACGGUUCAUCAUGGAGAACAGUAUUGAAGAGAAAAUGUUACGCAUUCAGGAAAGGAAAAGGACCAUAGGAGAAGCUAUGGACGCGGAUGAAGAUGAGAGAAGGAAGAGAAGAAUUGAAGAGAUCAAAAUGCUCUUCGAGUAA